CUACAACGCGCCCGGCCCCCGCUGUCUGUUUAAAAGGAGCCGGAGCGAUGGCUUGGAAUUCUUGAAACAACUUAUCAAUCGAGGUGCGACUGCUGGCUCGGCGCAUCGAAAGAAUAAAGAGGCUUCCAACCAGAGCCUGCUCGUGAUGACAGUCCCACCCAUGAUGGAGGACCCUGUGCGGAUAGGGGAGGACAAGUACAUUCCCAAGAAGGAGCUCCUGGGCCACUUGAAGAUGUACAACUAUUACCAUGAGGGGCAGACAGCUCAGCUUCGUCACAGGGAGGAGGAGGAGGAGUUGAUCAUUGAGGGUCUCCUGAACAUCUCGUGGGGCCUGCGGAGGCCAAUCCGGUUACAGAUGCAGGACGACAACGAGCGAAUCCGGCCCCCACCCUCUUCAACCUCCUGGCACUCUGGGUGCAGCGUGGAGACACAGAGGCCAACUAAGUUGACGUGGGUGCUGCCAGACAUCAAGGUGGACGAGUUGGACAGUCCACCUGAGACCAGUGGUUCUACUGCACCUGAUGAUGCUGAUGCGCAGGACAGCGGCUCCAGUGACCUGUGCAGCUCGCAGCUCAUGCGGACAAAGAGCGACGCUGGCGUCCUCAGGAGGGACAAGUUACGGACGGCGGGCGACCAGCGGAGGCUCAGACGCCACCGGUUCUCCAUCAACGGCCACUUCUACAACCACAAGACGUCUGUCUUCACCCCGGCUUUUGGCUCUAUCACCAACGUCCGUAUCAACAGCACCAUGAGCACUGUUCAGGUGCUCAACCUCCUCCUCAACAAGUUUAAGAUUGAAAACAGCUCUGAUGAGUUUGCACUUUACGUUGUUCACGCCAGCGAAGAGAGAACAAAAUUGAAGGAUUCGGACUAUCCGCUCAUUGCCCGCAUUCUUCAGGGGCCGUGCGAGGCGAUAUCCAAAAUCUUUCUGAUGGAGAAGGACCUGGAAGAGGUCACGUAUGAUGUUGCUCAGUACAUCAAGUUUGAAAUGCCAGUUCUUCAAAGCUUUAUCGUAAAGCUGAAGGAAGAGGAAGACCGCGAAGUAAAAAAGUUAACACGCAAAUACUCGGUGUUGCGAGCAGUCAUCGAGACUCGUGUACAGGAGCUGACUGAGUCCUGGGCACAGAUAUGAGAUUUGUUCUAGCCGAUGGAACGAUUGCCACAAAGUAACUUUGGGCCAAUGUUCAUUGUUGUUGGCACCUGGGUGAUCAGAGACUACGCCUACCCUCAAACGAGGUAUUCAUACCCCAUUCACAUCCUCCCCUGCGGCAAUAUAAUGUGCAAGGGCUCCAGAAUAACAUUGCUAACCCUCUUGGAUUGCCCUGGAGAUGAAGAAAUUGAGUGAACAACCUUCAGGACUCUUCUGAGUGAAACUCGGGAGGAAAACAUUUAAAAUAUUUUUCCAUUUUUCUCUUAACACAUUUUUGUUUAUUAGUUGGAGAAAUAUAGAAGCUGGGGCAGACAAAAGAAUAGAUAAACUGCUUGUUUCAAAUUGAGAUGGGAACCUAGGGAGACCUGAUGAUGGAUGUAUCAAGUAACCAAAUGGUGGCAUGAAGAGGGUGGGAUAAUUUGGUCUUCAGCUCUCUCUCUCAGUGAUGGAACCUCCAAGGAGAUAUCUCAAUCAUUGCUGGCAACUCUAGUUCUGAAUCUUCCCAGGAUUUUCCUCCCGCAAAUUAUUCGUUUAUUUUUAAUAAUUAAGGGCAGGCGAGAUGCCUGGGAAUCUCUGGAACACGACCAUUUGUGAAUCCCUGUUACGAAAGCAAAAAUGUUUUAUUGAAAUGGAAGCACAAGUAAGAUUGGAGAAUUAUUUGCAGCAACGACAGCUUGUGAUGACAGAAUGCUCUUGGUCUUGCAUUUGAAAUGUUUAAGUUGUAACUAUUGAUGAAAGAAAUCUAGUUGAUCUGUCUGCCCUCCCUGCUCUUUUCAUUCUUUAUUGUUACAUAUUGUCCAGUUGACCUUUGCUUCCUCACCCCUGGUUCAUAAGGCCAUGGGCCCGUCCCACAUCAGAUGGUGUUGUCAAUAGACAAUAGGUGCAGGAGUAGGCCAUUUGGCCCUUCGAGCCAGCACCAAUUGUCAUUUGGAUGAGGUCUUGUCUCUCUCUUUCUCUCAGGUAAAUUCCAUGGUUGUGAAGAGCAUGGGAACUCUAUUUGUCCUAGGUCAGUCUUUAUCUCUCACUCGAGGUCACCAACAUUAUCUGAUCAUUAUUGCAUUGUUGGUAGGAGUUAGAGUUCAGUUAGUUGCUGUAUUUCCACUAAGUCCAAUGGUUUUGGGUCUGGUAACGAAUCAUUAAGUUUGCAUAUUGUCUCUCUCUUGUACAUGAGCAUUUGUUUUUCUCAUUUGUGGUAAUGUAAAAGAAUUACCCAAGACAGGCUUGCUUCUCCCAAUAACUGUUGUACACCUUCUUUACACUCAUUCAUACUAUUAUAGGCACAGGGGUGGAUUUAAUGGAUGACAGCCCUGUUCAGUACCACUGGCUCUCAGUGCCCAUGUAUAAUAGAGAGUAAACAGGUUUUUGCCAGUGAUAUGAGUGUUAAGAUAUCGGCCAAUUGCUGACUUCAUGUAAAAAGCACACAAUGUUUCAUUCUGAAUACAAUUGCACUUUUGAUGUUUGUGAUCCAGUGUUGGACUUGAGAUGGAGAAAUCUGAUUUCAAACAAAUGUUCUUGAAGUAUUCGGGUCUGAACUUAUCACAAUUAGCUAGAAACUGAUUUUCAAAAACAAAAUGGUUGCAAAUAGUCGGGUUUAUUUCCCCUUUUUUUGGGACAUGGUUUUUUUUUGUUUUUUUUUGCAAGGUUAGUGUUUUAGUUCAUUAACGAAGCAGUAUGAUUAUGAAGAAUGACUGUGGUAAGUUUUUGGUACAGUUGUAUUAUCAGGGUGCAGAUUUGCAAGGCAAACACUGAGUCUUGCCAUUGAUGAUUCCGGAAAGCACAGAUGUAAACGGCCAAAGUUGCUCCUGAGGUGAAGGGAGUUUGCACCACUGGUCCGGCGGGGAAAAAAAGGUGUCGCGCUAAAGUCCCAGUUGGAUGUAUAAAGCUUGCAGACGGCCGGCUUUUUUGCUGUACCCGUUUCAGAAGUUGCUGUAGUUGCACUUCAGUAAUUGUGUUCCUUCAUUGUUGCGUUCCUUGUCUUGAAGUGGUGUCGUGUUUAAUCCUGAGUGAACAAAUGAAUUGGCUAUUUGCCCUAGUCUUGGUGCUGACUCAGUCCCUGGGCAGUGAUUCUACUCGAGUUGAAAUGGUGUUUAAAAUAAAUAAAAUCUAUUUUUCUGUCUUGCUAUUCCACACACAAUUCAGUAGCUAAAACCUGUGGAGCUAUUUUUUAAAAGAAUGCAGCUGAAUAAAGUCUUCAUGAAUUAACAUUAA